AUGGACAUCGAACGAGGCUUCAGGUUUUUCUCCAUAAGUGGCGCUACAGUCGUCCACACCGGUCGAAAACAAGAACGUCUGUAGACGCUAAGGGUGGCAGUGAGAUUCGCCGUAAGGGAUGACUAAUCGACAAAUUAAUGUACAGAUGUUUAACAUAUUAUAGGCAAUUAUUAUCCCAUAGGGUGUAUUUAGGUAUUCUUACAACGAGUAUCUAGUCUUGUAUUUUGCUAUUUCAUGGCGGCAGCAGAAGUAUGUUUUAAGGGUUGUUUACGUAUGUGCACGUGCAGACGUGCGAGAGCAAAAGGAUGUCGCAAAAUAAUGACGCCGGUUCUUUUAUAAGCAUCCCUGGAUUUUGUUCCGAUUGCGGGUCGGUUUUACCUUUGUUACAGGAGCGAGGAAACGUAAUUUGUUACGCUUGUAAACGUGAAUGGGGCCCUGAAGCUUUCGGAGACAUGGCUAUGUCGUACACCAUCCAUUUCAAUGAUAAGAACGUCUACACAUCUGAAAAGCAGAAAGGUGACAAGGAGAAGGAUGCGGAAGGUCCUGUUGUCGAAAGAAGAUGUCCACAGUGUCAGAAUGACAAGAUGUCGUAUGCCACUCUACAGUUGAGGUCUGCGGAUGAAGGGCAAACUGUUUUCUAUACAUGCACUAAGUGCAAAUACAAAGAGACAGAGAACUCAUAACACAUACAUUGUGCAUUCUUGUUGGCAAAGUUAUAAAAGUUGUUGAACAGCUGUUGAAACAUGAACACGCCGAGUGAACGAAAUAAACAUGAACACUCUGUGUUAUCAAUUAUAUCUUCAACCUAAUUACGCGUAGUUUCGAUACCUUUACUUAUGUGUUUUCUCUUAGCUGUGUAUACUCGAUUAAAUAUUUUGUACAAUACGUCGGAAUGAAAGUUAACAAUUAGUUCGAGAAGAA